CUUUUCAAAGUUUGAGGGAAAUUAUUGGUUUAGUUCUUUUUUCAUGGUUUUUCUCCAAAUGUUUUCUGCAGAUAAUUCACACCAGAGUAUUUGAUCCAGCACAGUAAGAUUUCUUGCAGUAGCUCCUAUGCUCACAUCUUCCUCACCAUGCAAGGUCUCCUAGCAAUCUUUGUUUUCUCUGGGCUUCUCGCUACAGGUGCCUUUCUGAUGUGCGAAACUUGCGAAAGCAGUGGCAAGACCUGUACUGGCAGUAAAGAGACUUGUGGUGCUGGCAAAGACACCUGUGCCACGAUCUUGUCUGAAGCAGGUGAAGAAAACCAGAAAAACGUAAGCGUUGUAAAGAGCUGCUUUGAGAAGGUGAAUUGCAAUUCUGGAGGAAUCAGCAUCGUGAACGGAGUUAAUGUCACCAAAACGAUUCAGUGCAGCAAGGCUGCUCCGUCAGCCGCGUCCGUCCUGCUGGUGGUCUCUGGGUUGCUAAUGAAGCAGCUCCUCCUGUAAUAUGCCAAUUUCAGCAGUGCAGCGCUAAAAAAGGCUUCCUUGUCGUUUCCAUGCAACCUCAAGGGUGUUUUUGUUUGUAAUUUCAUCUUUGACGUCUUGAGUUAAAACAAAUAAAAGGAAGCAACCGUACAUGCCACC